UUGCUUUGUGAUUAAAAAGUGGAGUUUUCGUAAUAUUUUCUAUGGGAGACCGAUUUAUUAAUGUAAUUCUCAAUAUUAAUAAUAAACAAAGACGCACGACGACGACGAGUAAGAGAUACGAAAUUAGAAAGGAAACCUGUAAAAGUGCAUUUUGAUAAAAAAGAUUAAAAGAUGUCAGAAACAGAAAAAAAAGAAGACUGUGCAAUGGAAAACCAGGAUACAUGUCCUGAAAAUUUAGAGAGAAGCAAAUCAAGUUUGGCAUGUAGCGAAAUCAAUAGUUUAAACGAGAGUCAGGAUUUUCAUUUAAUAGAUACAAGUGAAGAUGAAUCAUUAGAUAAAUCUCAUCAAGAUUUAGAAAAAAUAAAGCAGGAAGAAGCAUUAUCUUCUAUUUCUAAUGUUAAUACAGAGAUAAUUCUGAAUGAAAUAAAAAUAACAGAGCAUACAAUAAAUGAUGUACAGAAUAAUGAAUCUAUAACAAUAGAAAAUGCACAAAAUAUUGAACUUAUAAAAGAAAAAGAUACACAGAAUAUAGAAUCAUCUAAAAAAAUGGAGCAAGAAAAGAAAAUUAUAGAAAGUAGCAUUUUAGAAAAUAAAGAUAAGUAUUCUGAAGAAGAUGAAGAAAUAAUACAGUGCACACCACUUACUUCUACUUCACCAUCUAAAAAACAAUGUAGUGGUAAUAUAAUUACAAGUUUAAAACGAAAAGGAGAAUUAUUUGAUGAACCUCCUGCAAAAAUUUUGAGAACAGCAUCCAAGGAAGAUAUAUUAGUACCUGAAAAAAGAGAGCAAGAAGAAGAAGAAAGUUGUCAUUCAUUUAAAUCUGAUAAUUCUCAACAAGAAUUCCAUAAAAAUUGUUCUGGUACAAAUAUUAUAAUUGCAGAAACUCAAGACAUUGAAGAAGAUGAAGAUACGGAAAGCAUUUCUUUGUUAGAAAUGCCAACAAAAUAUAAGGAAAAAACUAAAAAUGAAAAAUAUCUUGAAUUAGAGAUGAAAGAUUAUGAAAUUGAUAAGAAUAAAAAUUUUAGCGAUACAUCAAAACUACAUCAACCUACUGGGAAAAAAGAAUUUAAUGAUGAAAUAUCUGAUUUAAAAAAUAUAAUUAAUUCUAACGAAAAUAGAUUAACACAGAUUCAAACAAAAGAAAAAGAUGCUCCAUCUUUACUUAAAGUUAUUGCAAUUGAAAAGAUAAAAUCGGAUUUGGAUAAUAAAAAUACAGAUAAUACUAGAUCAAUUGAAGUAAAAGAUAAUAAAAUAUUAUAUAACGAAAAAACCGAAGAUAAGGAAAAUGGUAUUGAAGCUAUACAGCAUACUAGUUUGGAACAAAAUAAUAGUGAUAUUCAAGAAAUAUCAGUUUCUAAAGAAAUUAGCGAAUCACACACUAAUACAUGUUCUUCAAAUAUAUGCAAAUCAAGGAAGAGCAUAGAACUUAUAUAUGAUCAAACUGCAAUUCAUGAAAUUAAGUUAAAAUCUAAAGAACUAGUAGAAAUCGAUGAAGAUGGUGAAAAAAUUGUGCUAGAUUCAUCUCAAGAAGAUUCUGAUGCAAAAGUUGAAAAUAAAAAUAUUUUAGAUAACACAAAGUCUGAUACAGUAUACAAAAGUUGUUAUGACAGCAAAAGUAGUAGCGAAUUUAGUUAUAAAUCAAUAGAAAAUACCAAAGAACCAUCCCUUGAUUCAGCUAAAUCUGAUAGUAAAUUAGUAAAUGGAAGUAGUGAAUCAAAAAAGUGUGAUACUGAUAGCACAGCUAGUUUACAAUCAGACACGUUUAGCGAUAUGCCGGUUCUUGAUAAAGUAGAUAACAAUAUUCCUAUAUCCGUGCAUAAUAUAAAUAAACAAAUCAAACCAAUCACCAUAUCUAAAGACGGUUAUCACGCUGAUUUAUUAAGUGUAAGUGACAAUGAACCUGACGUUUUUAUAGUAGAUGAUAAAAGUAAGUCAAAUUCGACUCACAGUAGUUCUAUUACAAAAGCUUUGCAAAUAGAAAAAGAAAUUGGUAUAUAUGUUAGAAUGAAAUGUUUAUUACAUAUUGACGAAGGUACAAAAGAAUUCCUAAGUAAAGAAAUCACUAGUGUGCAAUGUGAAACUAUUGUUGGAGAGCCCACUAUAACAAGACAAAAAACCAAUGAUACAUCUACUUCAUUAGCAGAUAUUUCUGGAAAUGAUAAUAAAGAUACAUCUCCAGGAUCAGUAAAUAGUAAUCCGCAAUUAUAUCAAUUGAAUCCUUCCAGACUUUCAUUUGCAUCAACAAUUAGUUCUUUAAGUUCUGCAUCUAGUGCUGCUUCACUGGCAGCCAAACUAGCAAUAAGAGAUAGUACACAUUUCUCUUUACCAAGAGCACCAAUAAAGCAUGUAAAAAGACAUGUUCAAGAUAUGCAUUCACUAAAUGAUAAACAAGCAAUAGAAGAAGCAUAUGAACGUCUUAAUAAAGAAUGGCAAAAUAGUCAUCUUCUUACAACAACUGUUUUAAAUUUUGCAAAUACUGAACUUAGUGGAACUGAUGCAUAUAAUGUUAGCAAUGAGAGGAUAGAUGAUCAAUUACAAAAAAUUCGAUCGUCUACUCCAGAAGUUUCACAAGAAGUAAUAUCGAUACAAACUCCUAAAAGCACAAAAAAGAGUAAAGCAGUAAAGAGAUCUAGAAGUAAAAGUACUAAAUCAGAUAAUCAUUCAAAUGGAAUAAAUAAGAUUUCAAAAGUAUUAAGUCCUACAGAGAACAACAAUACACCAAAUAGAAAAAAGAAUAAAACGGAACAUACGGACAAUUCGUCGAAUACUGUAGACAUUUCAACAAAACCUCAACCACAUGUAAUAACAGACGAGUUAAUUGGUAAAAAUGUAUUUGCUAAAUGGUCUGAUAAUAAUUACUAUCCAGGUAUAGUUAUUGAUAAAAUAAAAACAAAAUAUAAAGUAAACUUUUUUGAUGGAAAAAGUAAAGUACUUAUAGAAGACUUUGUUAUACCAAUACCAAAAGUUUUGAAAGAAGGUUUAUCUGUAUAUGCUGCUACUAAAAAUUAUGAUUACGGAUCGUGUGGUAUAAUAACUGAUAUUGUAACUGUAAAUAACGAAGUAUAUUAUAUAGUAGAAACAGAUGAAGGAGAAAAAUUACGAGUUCAAAUCAAAGAUAUUUCUUUUUCUGCUGAUCAAGCUCAAGUAUUAAAAGAAGAAAUUAAUUUGGAGAACAAAAGUCUUCCAUCUACGCCAAAAUAUUUAGGUCAAAUAACAUUAGAUAACAUGGUUGAUGGAAAAAGACGUUCUAAACGGAUUGCUACUCCCAUUUUUUCUACUCCUAAAUCUAAAUUAAUCCAUACCCCUACAAAUAAAUCUGAAAUAGAACCAUCUGUUUCUGGUAUAACUUCUAUAAGCAAAAAGGAAAAGAAAGCAUCCUCUGAAAGUGAUUAUGUUUCUAGUGAUUCGAAUAUUUCUAUAAAAGAUGAAGUUUUUUCUAUUGGCGUCCAAUCUGAAAUAAUUGGAACUCCAUAUGAACAAAUUGUGAAAGGGCCACAAAGUCGAAUCAAAAGUAAAUCGAGGAGUAAAAAAAAAGUGGAUGACGAAGAAACUAUUGCGAUAUUUGGUCCAAUUCCACAUGAAGAUUUAAAUCUCUUUAAAGGCAUGUCUUUUAUUCUCACUUGUGCAUCCUUAGAAAUUAUUGAUCGAUUUCAAGAUAAUAACAAGGACUAUGGUUCGGAUGCAGAAUUGGGUUCUGGAACUGAAAAUGAAGAAGAAUGGGCAAAAAAACCUUUCAUAAGAGAUAGAUUAAUCAAACAAAUAGUGGCGGGUGGCGGAAAAGUUUAUACAGAAUUUAAUGAAAUUCCUCAGGAUGAGUACAAAAAUACAAAACUGAUAACAAAUGUGCCAAAUACAACUGCAAAGACUCUCUUGUGUCUUUCAGUUGGUAUACCCGCUUAUAAUCAUAAUUGGAUAAUAAGAUGUUGUCAAGAGGGAAAACUUGUAAAUCUAGCUGAAGAUGAAUUACCUUCAGGAUGGAGUUUGGAAAAAAAUUCAUAUGUUGAAAUGUUUCAAAGAUCCAGUAAUAAACCAUUGGCUCAAGUUGUGAUAAUAAUUCCAUUUCUAGAGUCUCAAAAACAAUUUGCUACAUUUUGGCGUCAAAUUUGUGAAAAUACAGGUGCUGUUGUUUUAUUAGCAGAAAAACCAGAUGCAAUGGAAAGUUUUGUACAGGGAACUAUAGUUCUUACAAACAGUUUAUGCCCAUUUUGGGCAAUAGAGAAAGCUAAUAAAUUACAAAUUCCAUUACUUUCCACAACAUGGAUCGUUCAAUGUUUAAUAGAAGGAAAAUUAUGCUCCUAUGAUGCAAGUCCUCGUUAUAAAUAUAAUUAUAAACAAAAUUAAAUAUAUUCAAUGAUUGAGAAAUUAUAACUAUAAUUUCGAAAGCAGGUGAGAUCCUGUCUUUGUAAAUUAUAAAAAUCUUUUACUUUUAUUGUAUCAUUCUAGAUAUAUUUGAUAAAUUGAGAACAUUAUUUUUGUCUUUGGACAACUAUAAAGCACAUCUAUUUGUUUAUGUACUCAUAAAACGUUAAAGUACUAAUACUUUAAAACUAUUUUAAUAGUUUGUCUACAAUAUCAAAAUCUAUUUUUGAUAAGUAUCUGAAAAAAUUAUGUUGCAAUUAUGAUUAUGAUUAUCUGAUAUCUUUUGCAUCAUGGUCGUACAAGAAAUCUUGUCAACUUAUAAAAGAACGUCUAUUUAAAGAAUUGUCUUGAUGUGAAAUGAAUAGAAAAGUACAAAACAAUGAUGCUUGCAUUUGUUUAUGUUAAAUGUAACAUAAGAACUCUGCUUGCAAAGAGAUCUCUUAAAAAAUUAGAGGAAGUAAAAAUCAACUCGUAAAACAAAAUUAUGACCAGGAUGCAAAGCAAAUUAAUUUAUAUUAAAAAUGUCAAAACAUGUUUUACGUAGUAAUAUUGACUGUAAGAAUAUCUGGUGUAAAGAUUUUUUUUGUGAUUAUUCAUUAUGCAUAACUUACAUAUGCUUAUUACACACCAUAUUGUUUACUAUUAAAAAAAAAAAAUCGUAGCAGUAGAAUUUUGUAAUAUUUUGUAUAAAUCAAAUUCUAAAUCAAAAAUCACUUUUGUAAAAAAAAAAGGAGAAACAAAAAAAACAAAUGAAUUAUAAAAAAAUAAAUUUUAAAGACAUUUCAUGAUUCUUAAUCGCAAUUUAUGCGAUUCAAUAUUAUUUCAUUUAUA